GCAAUCCUUCGUGCAACUUGUUGAGCGGAUGUUAUCGACCAGAAACACCAUCUCUAAAACAAAAUCACUUAUCAUAUUAGCAGCCAGACGUAACUUUAAGUAGAUAUAGUAACUUAAAUAAUUAUUAACAAAUAUGAAACAGUUGUCGUCGCUGUAGCGCUUGUUUUAUAUCGGGCCACUGCGCGAACAUUUUUUUAAUGUCAGUUCGCGCUUCUGCCGCUCGUUUGUUUUCCGAAAAAUGAAUCGAUUCAGUGAUAUUCUUCCGAUGUGGUUUUUCAUUAUGUGAAACGACUGGUUUUCGUUUUUCGCUCAGAAGACUGAAGUGCAAGUGAUAAACUCUACUAAACCAACCAUGAUGUUGCGAUGUGUCCUGACUAUCGCACUGCUCGCUUUAGUAACUGCUCGUCCUGAGCAAAACCGAAUCGAGCCAUGCCCUGGCACGCCUGAAAAGGGCCCUUGCAAUAGAAACAUUUUCAAAUGGGCCUUCGAUCACGAGAAAAGGGAAUGCAUCACAUUCAUUUGGGGCGGUUGCGCUGGAAAUGACAAGAAUAGAUUCGAAAGUGAGAAACAUUGCAUCGAGAAGUGUUUUCCUAGUUUAGAAAAGAAUGAGACUGCAGUUCAAAACGUAUCUGUGAUACCCAAGGAGAAAAGGGGACCGAAAUUAACGUUCCAGGAAACUGGGACUGAGAACACGUUUAUGUUCGCUCAAUCUAAUACGUUCAUCCAGAUUGACGGCGAUAUUAUACAAACGUUCCAGCUGAGAUUGUGCCGCCAGAUUUCCUUCCAAUUCCGCACAAGACUACCACAUGGUCUGCUGGUUUACCACAACGUUAAAGUACCAAAUGGCGUGUCCUUGCAACCAUACGCCCUGUAUAUUAUUGUACAACAGGGCCAAUUGAAAGUCGUUCACGUUUAUGGCAAGCAUUCCACGGCCCUGACCGUCGGCAGAGGCUUAAACAACGAUCAGUGGCACACAGUCACAGUUCGAAUUGAUGUCCAUGCGGCCAAACUCUUGGCGAUAGUCGACGAAUUGCGGGACGAAACAGACCUGAAAGGACUGGACACUGAAAGUAACUAUGGUGUUACUGCCAAUGUUACGUCGGUGAUUCUCAUUGGAGGGCUCAGCUCCGAAGAGCGGCUGCACGGAGUCAAAUACAUCAUAGAGUCCUUCGUCGGUUGCAUAAAAGAUGUGGUUUUAAGCACUGGCAAAUCGGCGUCCGAUUUGCUGCAGAUUUCCCCCCUAAUAGCCACGAAGCACGAAAACGUCCAAGAAGGCUGCAAGAAUAAGUGCCUAACAUCCGAUAAUCUUUGCUUCAAGGGCUCUAGAUGUAUGAACCACUACUACACUUACACUUGCGACUGUUUCGGAACCAGAUAUGAGGGAGAGUACUGUGAUAUUUAUACGGCCACUGUUCUCACCUUAAGAGGGUCAUCCUAUGUGUCCUACAGAGUGUAUGACUGGAAGGACCGCGUUCACUCAUCAGUCACCCGAUUUUCCAUGCUGUUCAAGACGAGAUUUGAUGACUCCGCUCUUCUUUACGCAGCAGGAGGAGAACAAGGAGUAGACCAUUACAUAGCAGCCUCAGUGUUCAACGGCUCCGUGCACAUCGUCAUGGACUUUGGGGAGAACAGUCCGGUAACCAUCGUGCUCGGUCAGACCCCGGACUUUAAGCUGCACGAAUGGAACAACUUGACUAUUUUCCACGAACACGAGAAAAUCCAUCUGAUUCUGAACGACGAAAUCAAGAGCCUGAACAUCACUGGAAAGCCUCUGCUCUAUAUUGAUCCAGAAAUUUAUAUUGGCGGCGGGCCGGAGCUUCAGAAGAAAACUGGCCUAAAGUCGAAAAACAACUUCGUCGGAUCACUCAAGUACGUGUUCUACAACGACAUCUCCAUCAUCUACGAGCUGAACAAGAACAACCCGAAGGUCCACUAUAUUGGGAUUUUGAGGCCCGAGUUCUACGAAAGCGACGUCCAGAUCAUCCCCAUCACUUUCCCAUUUUCAGCCAGUCACAUUUGGUGGCACAACGCUCACGUCGAUUCGCUGAGCCUAAGUUUCCACUUUAAGGCGAGCAGCAAUCUGAGCGUAAUCGCGUCCAGUGAAGCCCAAACAGGCCUCUACUGGGAAGUGCGAGUUGUGAACGACGAAGUUCGCUUUGAACUUCUGAACAGCGUCCAAAACACCACGCAUUUGAUCAGCGUGAAGAAAACUCCCGGCCAAUGGCAUUUCCUCAAUGUCACAUACAUUGGCGGGGAAAUCACGGUCAGCAUCGACCGAAAGGGCAAAACUGAAAAAAUCGGCGAUCUGAAAUUUGCAAUCGGCGACAAAAUCAAAAUCGCUGCGGGCUCGCGAAGCAACGCUGGAUUGGUUGGCUGCAUGAGGAACAUUGAGGUGAAUGGAGUCAGCUUGGAGCCCAGAAGCGUCUUGCAGACGGAGCGCGUGGUUGGGGAAGUGACCUUAGAUGACUGCAGAUUUGUGGAUGCUUGCCAGAGGCCGAACACUUGCGAGCAUGGAGGCAAAUGCUCAGUGAAGGAAAAUCGAUUGACCUGCGACUGCACCAACACAGGCUACAUCGGCACCAACUGCCACUUUGCCCUCUACAGAAAAACCUGCGAGGAACUGGCCCUUUUAGGAUACACCAAACCUGAUGUAUAUCUUAUCGAUAUUGAUGGCAACGGCAGGUUUCCCCCUGCUCACGUUCGCUGCGAAUUCCAGAGCAUCGAAGAAUCGACCAAGACCAUCGUCGAGCAUAAUUUGCCCAGUCAAAUGGACGUUCGCUCGCCAUCAGAGCAGGACUUCAGCUUCAGCAUAAAAUAUCGCGAAUUCAACGCAGAAAUGCUACAAGAACUGGUUUCCCACUCGCUUAACUGCAGCCAGUACAUCAAGUACGACUGCUUCAUGGCGCCUCUGGAGCUCCAUUCAACCACCUGGUUUAUUUCUUCUGCUAACCAAACGGUGGAUUUCAUCGGAGAUGUUAAAAGGGGGACUUGCCCCUGCUCCAUCGGGCGCCAGUGCGAAAACCCCACUCAAUGGUGCAACUGCGACGACGUGUCUGACGAUAAAUGGGACACUGAUGAUGGAUACUACACCACAGGGGACAGUUUGGGCAUCACUGAGAUGUACUUCCUCCAACAACCGGACUUGCCGCAAAACGCCCUGGGGAGGAUCACUUUAGGACCGCUUGAAUGUGUGGAAACUAAUACUCAAAGGUUCGUGGUAACCUUCACCACCAGUCAGUCAUAUAUCGAAGUGCCUGGCUGGAGAAAGGGAGAUCUGGCCUUCUCCUUCAGGACAACCGGGAAAAAAGCCAUUUUGCUGUAUCAGCCCCCCAUCCGGCCAAACUACCCCAGUUUUAUGAUUGCGCUUACAAGUGACUUCCAGCUAACGUUCAAUUUCACAUUGAACACCGGAGUGUCUAAGGAACUAGUAAUUGACUCCGUGCGAAGACUAAACGGCGGCGAAUGGCACAAACUGUGGAUCGACUACAACAAAUAUCAUGUCAGAUUUAUGAUCAACGAAGACUAUCAAAUGGUAGAUCUGAAAUCCGAAGAGGAAUUUGGGCCCUUUGAAGGGUCCAUGUUCAUUGGAGGAGCCCCAUUCGACCUGUUAGACCCCAGAUCGUCGGUCCAUCAGGGUCUAAUCGGCUGUUUCCGCGGCUUGGUGGUAAAUGAGGAAAUCCUGGACAUUUACAGUUACAUGAGCGUGCAUUUGAGCGAAAUCAUUAAAGAUUGCAAACCGUCCUGCGUGCCAAAUCCCUGUAAAAAUGGCGCUCAAUGCAAAGAGCUGUGGAGUACUUUUGAAUGCGUCUGCCCCAAUCCUUGGGCUUAUAAAGGACAGUAUUGCGAGACAAAUAUAAAUACUAACGCCGUUACCUUCACGCACAGCGAAUCGUACAUCCACAAGAACUACUUCAACAACGACACUGAAGAGGAGAAAACCAUUUUGAGCGACAUUUUCAAAAAGCGAAUUCUCGUUAAUUUGCGCACGUAUGACAACUACUCCCUAGUAUUCUACGCCAAUGACCAUCUGAAUAACUUCGUGCAUCUGCAUAUUGUGGAAGGGACAAAAGUGGAAUAUCUGUUCAACCACGACAAUCAAAUUUACAACAUCACCGUGCCGUACAAGGAGUUGAACAUUAGCAUGUCCGUUCAAAUCGCUAUCGUCCGCGAAGAGAAUCUUACCACGAUGUUCGUGAAUGACCAAAACAACUCCAUUCCAAUUGGGGUGAAACUGCUGGACGUUUACGCUAACAAGCCGUGGUCUAACCCGGACAAAGAGGUUUUAGCCCCACAACGUCCCCCUGCCUCGCCUACGGAGUAUUUCCAGUUGAACAUUGGCGGGUACGACCCGGAAACCCUCCUAAGAGUUAACGAUGACUUCCCUCUUCUACCAGGCUACGUCGGGUGCUUUAGAGGCUUCCAGAUCCACGACACGCUCAUCGAUCUACCGCCAAAAAUCAACAGCACAAUUAAAGGUAGUUAAAGAAAGACGAAUUGUUCUGGAUAUCUUCUGAGUCACUUCCCUACAGGCGUUAUCCCCAACUGCAACAUGAAAUGUGACGAAGAGCCAUGUAAAAACGGAGGAAUUUGCAUCGAGGAAUUCCGCAACUUGGAGCACACUUGCAACUGCGAGCACACGAGUUACUAUGGGGAGUUCUGCAAUGAGGAGAAAGGGGCGGAUUUCAACGGAGAGGCCAUCCUGAGCAGGGUUUUCGUCUUGAAUGACACUGUAGACGACGUGAAGAUAAAAGUGGCCUUUUCCAGCCAGGAUGUUAGGCAAAAGAACACCAUCCUGCUGCUCCUCCAAACCGAAAACAAUCGAAGCUACUAUUUGCUAGUGGGGUUGAGUACCGAAGGCUUCCUAAUAGUCCAAGAGGAUAGAGAAGGAGCAGUCUUUUCAGCCACUGUGAGCAAGAAAAGCUUCAUCAACGGCGCCAGACAUUCGAUUUACUACAAAAGAACGUUCAACGACUCCGAGUUGUACGUGGACAAAGAGCUGACGCAAAUGGAGCAAAUCCCUGCACAAACGUUCACCAACAUACCAGAACUGGGCGCCAAUGAAGUGCACAUCGGCGGCCAAGAAACCAACGAUCCGCGAUUUGCAAUUUUCAAAAAGUUCAGCGGAUGCCUUUCAAAUAUUCUAAUCGCUGUUAACGGGCAUGUGAUGAAGCCCUUGGAGGAAUACAUGCUGUUCACCAAAAAUGGAGCCGAAAAGGUCAAUGUGUCCAACUCUCAUGGAGUGCGAAGCGCCCAAUGUAGCGCAGACUUUGACGUGGUUCAUGAAAAAUCUCCGGGAACUCCCAAUCUAAACAUCAGCCAGGGCAAAGACAAAACUUGGGUUCAAGACGCCCCGCAACGAGUUCUUUACACCCACUCCUAUGCGGCAGAUUCGGUGGAAGAAAACAACUUGGAACACCUGAUAAUAAUUGUUUUGGCCGCGUUCUUCCUCCUGAUCUUGAUCUGUAUUAUCUACGACGUUUACAGGACCAAUAAGAAAUACAAGCAGAAGAAGGAGUUUGAAACAGAUGCCAGUAUCCUGCUGUCGAAGAAACAGGCCGCUAUUAUGCUGCAGGAAAACAACAAGCCCGUCCAGCCCUUGCAGCUGCGGCCGAAGGCUUCCGACCUGGAAAUCAUCAAACCGCCGCAGCUAAAUGGAAACAUGCUCACAGAAAAACCCAAUGGAAACAGCAACGGAACUAAACCUGUUGAACAGGCAGCUCCUGUUCCAGAAGAACAAGUCUUGCUGCCGUUGAAGCGCGCGGACAGCAAACGGGAGAAACAGAAACGAAUCAGCUUUAGAGAUAGCGCAAGCGAGCUGGCCUGGGAUACUCCCGAUGAAAGCGCGGAAAUGCUUAGUCCAAUGCUGGAAGAGGAUGAAGACAGUGCGAGUGACGAAAACGACGAUCUACCAAGCGCUGUAAGUAGCACUGGCAACCUUCUAAGCAUGGCUCCGAUAAGCUCGAUAAGUGAAGUGACUCUUGCUGAUAGAAGAUCUAUGAUUCUAAAGAACGACGCUUUGAAUAGUUCAACACCCCCCCUGGGUAAGAAAGCACUGGAAACAGAUCAAAGUCCAGGGCCUCAGUCGCCUCAACCGCCAAAAGUGCCUCCUCGCAAGUUUCCACGGAGAAAACCCUCAAUCAACCCGGCGCCUCUAAUUGGAGGUGACCACUUGAGGACCUACGAUAACCCGAUCAGUUACUUGGGAGGACCAAAGCUCCCCAGCAGGAACAGAUGGAGUAUUGAAAGCGUGCUGUCUUUAGAUUGAGCUUUACUACUACCCACAUGAACAGUAUUGAUCUCCAAGGGGCGGACGCUACUAAAGCCCAAAGAACUCAGUACUUAUAGUAAACUGUAAGGUUUCUUCUUGAAUUUAAAAUGGAUAUCAAGUACCUGUCCAAAAUUAGCGAAAUAUAAUGUACAUACAUAUACAA